UCAAGAGAAUUACCUUAACCUCCUGGAAUUCAUGCAUAGGGAAGUUGAGCUUGCUCCAACUAUCCCAACAAAAUACCUUUGAAUACCAGGGCAUCAAGGGGACGAUUUGUCUAUUACCUUUUGGAGGACUCGAUUGCCUCGACGACUGUGUUGGCGCCCGUUCAACUUCAACAAACUGGGGCACAACGCUGUACCAUCUCGCCAGACACAGGCAAACGACGACCUUCAGGCUUCGACUUCACCUCCCCUUCGCCAACGGAUGAUCAACUACACAUAAGAAAGUUUUACGAUUCCUACAAUGCCUACAGGCUUUCUUUCCUUCCAAACGGGCGACGUCGAUCACAACCUGCCCUAAUAUAAUCCUGGAGAAACUGUCGAUCCUCGCACUCAUUCACCAAGUAAGAAUCGAUCCGUGCUGACUUGUGUCUUUACAUCACGCAUCUAGUUGAAGAUCUGUAGCGCGUUAUUCACAUCGCUAUGGCCUCUGCGCCGCUAAAAGCCGAGAAUCAAUUGUCGUUUGCUGAAGUUGCUGCUUCCGAGGUAAAGGAGAAUACUGCAUUAUCCUAUGCUAAAAUGGCGGCGGCGAACCCCGCACGAAAUGCUCCUUUGUCAGAGACAAAUGAAAGUAGUAGCAAGAAUGCUACGGGUAGUUCGAGACAACAAACAACCAAUGGCGGAACAAAGUCGGAUGAACAGGCGAAUGCUGAUGAGAAGUUGGCGGACACAUUCAAUUCGAUUAGCCUAGCUCCAAGCCUUGUUGUAAACGGAUCAGGCACAGAUGCUGACGGAGAAGAAAGAGACAUAUUUGGAGAGGGGUCUGCAGAAUAUCCUUUUCAACGCACGGAUUCUGGAUCAGAUGCCUGGACAAAACCACCGAGCCUUGAUGGGAAGAGCAUCACCUCUGGGACAACAUUUGCCUUGGACGAGAAAGAAUCGUUGAGGCCAGAUGAUAGUGCCAGUGUAAAAGCAGCUGAAGACGAUGAUACGUGUUCAGGCCGUGGUUCUAUUGUAGCUGGUUCCCGAAUCGGGUCAGAAGCUGCCGCUCGCGCAUAUCGCGCCCAAACACACGAGAUUGCAGACAGGAGGGCAGUAAUCCCUGCUCUCGAAUCACGAGCCCAAGGAAUUAUGACUCCUCAAAGCGGUUCGUCUGGACCCCCAGUAGCUGGUGAUCUCAGCUUGAAGCCUCUGGCCAGCCCUGUAGCAGCUGCAGAAGGAUUCAACCUUUUCUAUAAGCACACUCCCGAUGAGAAACUUAUAGAAGCUUUGGAAUCUCCAAAGGAUCGCAUAUUUCUGUUGCGACUUGAACAGGACGUGAUAGAAUUUGUCAAGGAUUCGAAGGAACCUUUCAUCGAUCUACCACCUUGCAAUUCAUUUUGUAGAAUGCUAACCCACAAAUUGGCCGAUUAUUACCAUAUGACCCACCAGUUUGAUGCUGUGGCAGGUUCAGUCCGUAUAUUCCGGACGCCGUUCUGCCGAUUACCGCAGUCACUCACGAGUAUUUCAAAUCCUCCAACUACUGGACAUACACCUCCUCCGACUGUUCCCGCAAUGAAAAUUAUGCGCAGGGGGGGUGACAAUGGUGGUAGCCCUUCAAAACCGACCUCUGAGACGGGCAGUGACGGAAAAGACAAAUCUUUGUCUGCAAAAGAGAAAUUGUCUCGUGAGGAACGUGAAGCUGCAUAUAACAAAGCCCGAGAGAGGAUUUUUGGAAACACAGAGAAGAGCGGCGAUGCAACUCCAGACACUGAAGAUGGCAACGACAUUUCGCGAUCUAGCUCAGUUUCUGGAAAAGCUAAGAGAGGAAAGAUGGUUAAAAAGCAUCGUACGGAUUCAGAGAGCUUUGAUGUCCGGUCUCAAUACACGCCCUUCUUUCCUCCACAACAGCCACAGCCGUGGACACCUACACAGCCUGGAACCAUAGGUGCCCCGCAGUACACCAACGUGCUGCAGAAUUCAUUCUCAGGCCCGGCAGCGCCACAAUACGGCCCUACUCCACCGCACUUCCACCCUUCUAUGGUUGCUGGAGGCGCGCCUACAGCUUAUCACCAGAUGCCACAGCAAUUCCCAAGGUCUAGCCCCCCAAACUACCAGAACCACGGCGCAUCUGUACUUCCAUACGGUCCUAUGAUGCAAAACUCUCCGCAGCAGGCAGGGCCAUGGCCCCACAUGGGCUAUCAAGCACCCUUCCAGCCUCGCGGACCCAUGCCAGCUGGGCAGACAAUCCCAUACGCAUAUGGACAACUGCCAAGCACCAUCAACCCGGCCGACCCCAAAAGUCAGCACCCAAUACCAGGAAGUUUCAACAGGCACGCCUUCAAUCCCAAGACCCAGUCAUUUGUUCCGGGCAACAAUGGGCCCCCGAUGCCGCAACCCUUACCCCACCAGGGGUCACCCCACCCUCAAUAUACUGGCUAUAAUACUCCUCAGCAAUUCGGCAACGGCGUUGGAUAUAACAUGAGCCGCCAGAGCUCUAAUGCAUCUUUGCCAUCCUAUCACGCAUCACCACAUAUGCCGCCGAGGCCCAUGAUUCACCAAGGGAUAAUCAACAAUCAAAACCCUGUUCCUAUCCCGAAUCAGAAUAACAACCAUCUCCCACAUUUUGGCAACAUGGGCCCAUUACCCCCCAAGCCACCACCAACUGCCUGAAGAAUUUGGAAUUUAAAAUGGACCACAGGCGAAUAUCUUGUCAAUGAUGGCGUUCGGUAGUACCAUAGAUGGAGCUCGCAUAGGGAAUGGUGUCAAAAGGGGCCGCGGUGGGCUAUUGGGAUGACGGAUCACCCUGCUACUAUGAAUAAAUGGAAG